UACAUGGGUAUGGAACACUCUUCUUUACAAGAAAUUAAUUGCAAUAACUAACAAAACAAAACGUUUGGACUAUAAGCAAAUCUACAAACACUACCUACUUAAUUAAUACUAUUAUCCCUUGCUUGUUUUUUGUCUCUAAAGUCACUAAAAAAGAGUGGUUUAUUUUAAAUACUGUAUGGAUUACAAAUUUGGACAAUACCAAAAGACAUGUGUGGUAAUCAGUGAAUAUUAGUGCAUCAGAAGCAAGAAUGACUGCGUCUCGACAUUUAAUAACAGCUGGUUGUGAAUGUCAGUGGGUAUAUUUAUAUAAUUAAGUGAUACUAUUAUCGAUGAAUUUAUUAUUUGGUGGUGAAUUAAUUUUUUGAAGUCAAAUAGAAAAUGAAUGCGCGUUCUCAAGUGUUCGAACUGACGAUGGAGGGUCGUCAGGUGGACGAGGCCGUUGCCAGCAUCUUUCACACAAUCCUGUUUCAUCGUUCCCUAGGGAAGUUCCUUUAUAACGCGGAGGGCAGCUACUCGGUGGGCACGAUCGGUUAUACGGACGUCGAUUGCGACUUUAUCGAUUUAACAUACGUGUGCUGCACAUCGAGCCUUCUCGAUUGCAAUCUGAAGAGGGAGAUUUCGUGUUUUUCUGAGUUGUUGAGAGGCAGUGAGGGAGGCGCGGGCGCCACGUCCGGCAUGGGUCAGAUAUCGCUCGAAUUUUUCCAAAAGAAACCGAGCCGGUGGUUCUUACAACCGGAGUGUAUACCGUGGGAAGUGUGGACGAUCCGUUUGGAAUUGAUCGCGUUAAAUAACGAGGAUGAGAGGCAGGUGUGUCGGGAGAAGGUCGGGGAAAUACUGACUGAUAAGAUAUUGUAUAUCACAGAGGUGAUGAACAGGCACGACUAUUUGCCAAAGAUGCCCAAUCAGUCCGAGCUGGAGCUCAUUUUCGACACGUCGUACACGGACGUGCAACCGUACCUGUUCAAAUUGAGAUAUUCCCUGUCCAAUCCUUCAGUUGGCACUUCUGUCGGUUCUACGAUGAAGAAGAUCAUCAAAGAAACGUUAUACCUUUAAUUAAUUGAUUAUUAAACCGAUCUCGUCUUAAUAAAUUAUUAUAUCUCAUACUGAUGCACGAUAAAUAUCCCUCCUUCUUUCUCAUGUACUAAGAGUGUCUGGUGUCUUAUUAGAUUAUAUGUAUGUAUGUAUGUAUGUAUAUAAUAUAAUAGAGUUAAUUAUACAUAUACAGAGUGUGUCGCGACACCGUGGGCUUAUUUCUUAAUUUUUUUUAUGUAGAUUUACAAAGAGCUAAUUAUUAUUUAUGAAUUAUCAUUAUUAUCGUAUAUUAGUUUAUUAUUUAUUAAUAUUAAACGAAUAAGUUAAUUUAAAGUUGUUGUCCUUAGCCAAGUUAAUGUUUGAAUUAACAAAAAAUACAUAAUAUACUCGGGCCUGCAAAAAAAAACGUCUAAUUUUUAGUGAAACAGCAAAGGUCUUAGGGUAAAGACCAUACUGAAUAGCCUCUCUCAUAUGAACUGUGACUUACUUCAGGAUACUGAAAUUCUAAAAGUAUCAGGAUCGCUAAAUUAAUUCAUUUUCGAGAAAAGGCAAAUGAGUAGUCUGUCUGUCUGGAUGGCUGCACUGACUUUGUUAAUUUUUUAAUAGCACAGCCCUAACAAAUUGCUUGUUUUAAGGCCUCACGUACUUUCUAACAAAGUUACAUUUGCAAUGCUGAAAAAACUAAUCCUUUUAGACACGAGAAAUCUUAGAAUUUUAGUAUCUUGUUAACAGGAACUUAUGACGAUUAGAUAGUCUUUAACAUCAAAAUCUUUUACUUGCUAAACUAAAAAUUAUAAUAAUUAAAAUGUGUGUUUAGUCUGCCCUCGAAUCUUUGAUCCUUUUUAAUAUUAUUCUAUCGUUAAAAUAUUGAACUCACCACCAAACGUACAAAACAAACAUCACAAAAAUAUCACGACAUAUUUAUAUUCCUCAUUAAUAUUUGUUUUCGUUUUCUAGUUUUGAUAUUUUGAAAUUGUCGUGUCACACUCUGCAUUUUGUUUCGACAAUUGUGUUUUUUUAAUAGGGUAAAGAAACCAAAUAUUUUACAAAACUAAUGUUAAGAUAAAAAUAACGCUCGCUAUGGUAUGUGGGAAAUUUUUCUUUACUUUGAGAGAGAGGGCAUUUAUCAAUUAAAGUUUAUAAUUGAUAUAUUUUAUUAAAAAUUAUUACA